AUGGACACUGACUUUGCCGCGUUUUCUACGGAUGUCGUGGAUUCUUUCGUCAACCCGAGCGCCAUGGCAACUGGGGACGUUGAUGGUGACGGCCGCUCGGACGUGGUGGUGGUCGUCGAGUCGACCGACGAGCUCAGCUGGUUCGCCAAUUCAGCAAGUGGCGCAUUUUUGGCGGGAUCUACCAUUGCCGGCAUUGGCGAGCUCAUCACGCCCAAGGAUGCGGUCGUUGUUGAUCUGGAUGCGGACGGCGAUGGCGAUGUAGUGGUUGCCUCCCAAGGCGACGAUAAGAUUUCGUGGUUUGAAAACACCGCCGGCGACGGCACGGUGUGGACGCAACACUUUGUCGUCGGUGACUUUAACGGCGAUGGGCAGCUCGACAUCGCAGCUGCCUCGCCGACGACCGUCUGCUGGUGGGCGCAGACGGCAGUGGUCGGCACCUUUGAUGUCCCACAAACCGUAGCGUUUGGCACAGGCCUAGCCGGGCUCAUUGUUAGUGGUGACUUUGAUGAGGACGGCUACCUUGACAUUGUUGUGGCUGCCAAUGGCGAGAUUCGGCUCCUGGCCAACCCGGGUGGGAGCGGGGCGUUUGCUGCGAGCCGGGUUCUUGCGACUAAGUUAUCCAAUGGCUUGGUGGCGAGUGAUAUCGACGCUGACGGCGACCUGGACCUUGUUGUCGAUUUUCAGCCGGGUUCGGACUACACCGUGCUGCUUCUGCUCAACCCCGGAUCACCGUCGGUGGCGCAGUUUUCGCAAGUUGAUCUUGCUGUAGAUGUUGUUGCUCUAUCUGACGUUAUGGUGAAGGAUGCAGACGGUGAUGGAGACAUCGACGUGCUGUAUCUGGACGAGUUUAGCGUCAAGUUUGUGUCGAACACCGGGGCCGGUACCUUUGCGCCACCUGCGGAGGUGUUGACUGUUCUUGGUGAAGGCUUGCUGGCUGAUGUUGAGUCCGAGAGCGCCUUUCUGCUGGCAGAAGACGGCGUUGGAGUGAAGGUACUGCGGCGCUUACCGGUGAUAUUUAGCAGCAACGAGUUGACGUUGGCGGGUGCAGAUGCUGAUGUGAGUGCUCUUGGCGACUUUGACUUGGACGGCGACCUCGACGUUCUUCUUCACUCGGGGACAUCCAAGAGUCUGUUUUGGCAAGCAAACAGCGGCGGGCGCACGCAAGCGAUUUCGGUUGCCAACGGUAUCAUUGCCAGCGACAUUGCCACCGUUUACUCCGCUGGGACCGGUGAUCUUGACAGUGAUGGAUAUGUUGAUGUCUUUGUGGCGUUCGAAGUGAGCUUGAGCACCGGGCGGCUUGCCUGGUACCGCAACACGGACGGGCGCGGAACAUUUGGCGGUGUCCAGUACAUCGACGGUGGCUCUGUGACAUACUUUGUUCAAGCCACGUUCCUGGAGGACGUCGACGACGACGGCGACCUCGACGUGGUGGUCUUCAACCAAGGAACGUCGGAUGCCGCCAUGACAUCGUACGUCACGUUUUCGUGGUACGCCAACGACGGCUUGGGUACUUUUGCAGCGCCGACCAACUCAUUCAACAUGGAGAGCGUCUCCAUCACGUCGCAGACUAGCGUCUCGUUUGGGGACAUCGAUGGCGAUGGCGAUGUUGACUUGGCAGUGACGACGAACUCGGGACUUGUGUGGUUCUCGGCCGACGAUACUACGCUAACCAACUUUUUCUUCCUCCCGUAUUCGAUUGCGUCGGUGUCGAGCCCAGCGUCGGUUGUACUUGUUGAUGUGAGCGGCGACGGCGCGCUGGACGCCAUUGCGGUUACAUCAUUGGGCCUCUACGUUGUCACAGGCAGCGGCAGCGGCAGCUUUGCUUCGCCGGACUUUGUCGCCGCCACGAAUGGUUCGCCUGGUAGCCUGCUUGUUGUUGACAUUGACGGUGAUGGCGACGAUGACGCGGUGAGCGAUGGCAACCUGUGGAUCAACAGCAACCAGACGUUUGGUCCUGCAAUUGCAUACAAGAAAAAUCCCCGCACAUCCUCCGCACCUCACUGA